AUGAGAGUUCCACGAAAUUUUACUUUAAAUGUAGAUAUUAUUAAAUUCAAUUGUAAAUUUCAAAGUUUAAAUCUUAAUAAACAUGAAUCAAUAUUAUUCGAAUCAUGUCGUUCAUUAUUUUGGCUUAAACAAAAACAUUGCAAUGUUGGAUAUCAUAAUGGUGAAGAGAAUGAACAAAAAUUCUUAUAUACAAUAGCUCAAUUUCGAUUAAAAGAUAUUAUUUAUCCUUUAUCUAAUUUUCCACCUAUAACAGCAGUACUAUCAAAUAUGGAAAAAUAUUUCUGUUUUGAUCAAAAUAAAAUUGAUUCUUAA